AUGCGCACACCGCGCUGGCACCCCGAGGAGACGGGGCGGUUCCAGGUGUUAUGAACAGCCCUUGAACCAACAGCCGGCUGGCAGUCCAUCUCCCCCUCUCACCCCUGCUCCUCUCCCAAGCUCACCUCCUUUUUGUGGGGAGGCCCUGGGAGGGUGAUGGACACGUGGGCGAGCUGACGUCUCCUCACACACUUGUCUGUGCCAUGGCGGGGGGACCCCUUGCAGCCUCCCAUCCGCAGUGAGGGGAGUGAGCGCCACACACACUGCCCCGCUGAGGGGGUGCGGAGAGGAAAUCCCCCUCACACACUCAUGUCCCUAAGUGUGGGGAGGCAGCAUGGAAACCCCCUGAGCUUCCCUCCCCUCAUACCUGCCCCUCAGUUGACACCUCAAGCGGCCGCUGCUCUGCUAGGGCUGGGGCCAUCUCGCCGGCGGCCAUCGCUGCCUGCAGCAGCUCCAAAACCGGGAGGAGAGAGCGCAUGCAUCUUGUUUGGGCUCUUUCGAUGUGUUACUUCCUCAGCGGCCCAACCAACAUGGCAGUCCCGGUGUUUUGCAAUGCGUGUUUCCGACAGCCCCAAAAGGCAACCCCCAGGUUCGGCCUCACCAACUGCGGCCAUGUUUUCUGUGAGCUUUGUCUCCGGAAAGGCAAAGAUAAUGAAUGUUUGAUCUGCAGAGCUGCUUGCCGUACAAUAUUUCUUUCAAAACAGACAAAUACCGAUAUUCAAUCACUGUUUAUGGGAGUAGAAAUGUUGUGCAAGAAAUACUCAAGAGAAAUUACCCAGAUUUCAGAAUUUCAAGAAAGACACAGAAGAAGGUUAUUAGCAUACUACAGAGGAAAGAUUGCAAAGUUGGAAGAAUCUCUAAAGAAGGCAAUGCAACAAAUACAUCCAGCACAAUGUAUCAGACCUCAACAAACUGCUAGACCAUCAGUGUCCGCUCCACGUAGAAAUCCAGUUGCUAUUUCUUCAGCAAAACAGAAUGCAUUUUCUUCAUACUCUCUUCAUCUCAAUCACCCAUCAACCUCUGAAAUGGGGGAGGAGAUGGAGAUUGAUCCUGUACCUUUCCCAGUGAAGAAACUUGAGACAGUGACUGGUCCAGCAAGAUUGUCAUUGAUAAGCCCUCCUCAAGGUGGACGUAUGGGUAGUGUUUCCCACAAAGGUUCUCAAUCAGAUGGACUAGCAGCAAGUCAGAAUAGCAUACCAGGCUCUGUAAGGUCAACACCACUAAGAAUACCAUAUAAUGGAUGUUCCUUUACUCCUACUUAUGGAUCACAGAGUAGUAGGCUGGGCAUGUGGGAUACUCCCAGUUCCAGAACUCCUCAGCUGUAUCCAUUUACACCACCUUCCUCACAGUCAUCUGUAACAAGACCACCAAUCACCAUCGCCAGUCUUCUGCAGAGGCAACGUCUAGGAUCUACUAAUCUUGGAGGACAUUCUGUAGAAAGAUAAGCACGUGGCUGAAAUCUAUAUUGUUUGGUAAGCAGCUGGAGAAGUCCUCCACCGGUUUAGCAAUCUCAAACAGAACAUGUAAUUUCUAUACACAUCAGACUAGAAUAAGAUUACAAAUUAUACAGCUUAAUGAAAGCAUUCUUUAAGAUAUGACCAAUAUUGUUAAUUAAUACCCACAAUAGUUUUAAAUACUAAUGCGGGAAAAGUUUUGCUGUUCUUAGAAUUUAUUGAAGAAACAUUUGGCCUUUUGUAACGAGGCAUUCAGACUAAAUAUAAUUAUAUAUGUAAUAAGUACUUCUUUUAAAUAUCUUUGUUUGUAAGUGCUAAUAAAUCUUUUGAAAUGCUGAAAUAGCUGUGCAUGUAGCUGCCUAUUGCAUCUGUGUUUAAAUGGUUGUGCAUCUGGACACUAUAAUGCAUGUUCCGUAUUAGAGAUGGGGAUAAAUCAAAACUGCAAAUCCCAUUUGAUUUCAGUAUGAGAACUACAGUUCUUAUGAGACUCCAACCUUGUUUUUGGAUCCAGAAUUCAACAAAUUAUUUUUGUAAAAUAUUUUAUUCAUUAAAAUUGCAUUUCCUGAUUGCCUGGAACCAUUCAUAAUUUGAUUCAAAUUGGGUGAAUAAUUUCAGCUCAAAAAUCCCACAAAACACAAACAAAAUUAAAUAAUACUUGGAAAAAUUG